GCCCCUCGCUUCAAAUCCACUGUUAAUUUCAAUGGCGAAUUUUUCGAAAGCCCUAACUUCUGCACUACUCUCAGACAAGCAGAGCAUACUGCAGCUGAGGUUGCCCUUAAUGUUCUUUCCAAGAAAGGUCCCUCUAAAGUUCUGGCUGCAAGAGUUUUGGACGAAACUGGAGUUUACAAGAAUUUGCUUCAAGAGACUGCUCACAGAGCCGGGUUGAAGCUUCCAGUUUAUACUACUGUGCGAUCAGGACCGGGCCAUGUUCCUGUUUACUCUUGUACGGUGGAACUUGCUGGAAUGAAUUUUACAGGAGAACCAGCUAAAACCAAAAAGCAAGCGCAGAAAAAUGCAGCAAUGUCUGCUUGGUCUGCCUUGAAAAUAUUGUCAAAAUCGAGCUUUUCAUCCUCUUCCUCUCCAACACCAACAGAGUAUGCUGGCAACGAUGAACAAGAACAAGUAAUUGUUGCUCGUUACCUUGGUACUCUACAACCUCAAGAUGCAAACAAUUUGGGACAAAGAGACCGGCAAUUGCAAUGUCGUCCAGGUCCCGCGGUCCCGUAUCGAGGAGGCAGAUCAUUUCAUUCUUCAGAACCCCAAAAAUGGGCAUAUUCUCGAUUUUGGCCGGAAGUGCCAAUGUUACAUAUUUCUCCUCAGGAUAUGGCCUCCUGGCAGCUGAGCCACCAAUUGGCUCUUUCAUCUGCACCCUCCAUUUCCUCCAGACCUCAGAUUUUCCCAUUUUGUCAGUCUAUACCGCAGCCAGAUUACAGACCGUACUUAUUCGCACAAGAGCAAGAACCUGUCCCCAAUGUUCCAGGAAUUGGCUCACCUCUGUACUUCUCAAACUACGCUAUGCCUGUUCCAGUUAGAAACGAUUCAGGGGUUACCAUAGGAGAAACAGAAGAAAAGCCGCAAGUGGAAAAAGAGUUGCUUAAUGGUGAAGGAGAUUCUGAUUGUGGGAAGAGCAAUCUCCCAUCAAUGUAUGCAUGCCUUCUUUAAUCGAAGUUAAGGGCGAAAGAAAGAAUGUCUCCUCAGCUCCAAACACCAGGAUUUUGGUUCACCCAGAAAGCAAUGAAAUUGAACAGGGUCACCGGAUCCCCCUUAAGCCCAUGGAAGCCAAAUUUAGACCCAGAGGACAAAAUGCAGAUGUGGCAAAGUUUAGGUCAACAAAUCCGCAUAUAUUGAAUUACUUGCAGUCUAAAUCUAUGCCUCAGGGUAUCCAUAAGACUGGUUCUCCGGGGGCAAUAAGAAGUUCUGUGCCAAAUUCAUUUGCACCUCCAGUGAUGGUCAGAGCAGCCAGUGCUAGCCCUUCUGGUAGUCUCAGACCGGAGAGUUCAAUCUCUCCAACACCUGCUCCACCAACAAGAAUUGUCAGUUCUAAAUGUUCCACAAGACCUUGGCUGCAAGAAACAAAGGGGAUGAGAGGCAUGGCUGUGGCGCAUACUAUGGCACCGGCAGUUCAUAUUCGCUCAGUAGUGCCAGUUUGUUCAGCUCCUCCCGCUAAGAGAAGCGCAAGGCCUAGCCAAGAGGUGCCCUAUCCUGAUGUUGAAAGGAUGAGAUCUGAAAACAAAGGGAGGACAUAUGAGAAUAGCAACUGCUGAGAAAAUUGAAUUUAAAUGCUGUCAAUUACAGGGUAUUUAUCUAUAGAAAGGAAAAGGGAAUAAAUGAUUAUUGUAGCAGAAGAGUUCUUAUGAAAAAAUUGAGCUUCUGCUCAUUCUUUCAAACCAAACAACCGUUUCUGCCCUGACCAUGAAAGACCAACGUACAUUCUAUGCAUUGCACCAGAAAGAAAAGUUUAUUACUC